GGGUGUGCCAGCGUCGAGAGCUGACGUCCGCGUGUUCGCUCUUCUCUUCUCUCUCACGCCAUCGUUGUUCAAUCAAAUCCCUUCAGGAGAAAUUUGCCUUCGGUAUCAUUUCAGUUCUUUCCUCGUGGGAAAAAAGAAAGAAGCAAAUCGAUUGGAUUUUUUUACUCGGAAAGUGUGAACGAUAUUUUUUCGGUAGAAAUUGAACGUUCUGAAAAGCCAAUGUACUAACUUGCACAAAUAUAUCAAAAAGGAAUUCGAGGAGAUCGGAGUCAAGAAUCAGGUGAAAAGAGACAGUCCUUCAAGACAGGCCCUCAGGUUUCAUAUACAAAAUAGGGUAAAUCAGUAUUCGUAUGUAUAAGUAAGCCCAUAUCAAUACUUACCCGUAGGUUGCUUCGCCAACCUAUACUGAUAUCAAAAGAUUACGAGUCAAUGAAAUAAUCAGUUGUCUAUUUGUAAGUUUGAUCGCUGUUUAAUUACUGUUGCAUACUAUAUAUUUAUAGGUUGUGUCAGCUGCCUAUAAUACAUAUAUACAUAUAAAAUAUCAAAAUAGUUAUAUCCUCAGUUGAUAUCAAAAGCCUUUUAAUCAAAGUUGACCCAGUGCGUCAGUUUGGCUCUUUCCGGGAAAAAGGAAAGACGAACAUUCUGAAAGUUCUUUUGAAAGAAGCCACCACCACCACCACAACAAAAGCAUGAUGGAAGCAAUGAGUCCAUCCCAGGCCGCUGGGGUCGUGGCACUGCCGGAGAACACGACAGCCGAUGCCCUCCACCAGGAGCGAAUGGAAUACAUCAGACAGUUGGUGCAGGAGCGAGAAGCCCUGGCCAACUCCCCCGGCUGCGACGUCGCCAGGAGACUCAUUGAGCAAGAACUGGAACGCGUCCAGAGCGGGAAACGCAGCGAAGAAAAACGGGCGGUGGAAGUGACCAAAGAAAAGUCCAUCAAGGUGACAGUCAAGGUCCUUGUACCGGUGAGGGAGCACCCUAAGUUCAACUUCGUCGGGAAGCUCUUGGGCCCAAAGGGCAACUCCCUGAAGCGCCUGCAGGAGGAGACGAUGACGAAGAUGGCCAUCCUGGGCAGGGGCUCCUUUCGGGACAAGGCCAAAGAGGAGGAGCUGCGGAAGAACCCGGACCCGAAGUACGGCCACCUCCAGGAGGAUCUCCACGUCGAGGUCACCGCCCACGCCCCGCCCGCCGAGGCCUACGCCCGCAUUGCCUACGCCCUCACGGAGAUACGGCGCUACCUGGUGCCGGACCACAACGACGAGAUCCGGCAGGAACAGAUGCGUGAGAUGCAGGUGUUGAACGGCCGCACGGGCAUCGCUGGGGAGGGCGGAGAUACCCACACAGACACCUCGGGGUCUCUCUCCCCCCCGAAUUCCCUGUCGCCCCCUCCCCCCGCCCCCGUCAAGCUUCCAGCUGCACAGAUGGCCGCUGCCCACGCAGCUGCUGCCGUGGCGCCCCCAGUUGCACAUACCCUCCUCACACACCCUGCCAUGAGGGGCCUGACCCGGGCACAGAUGGGCCUCAUGACUACAGUUCCCAACAUCGCCGCACCGGGAGUUCCAGGAGCCAUGCUAGGCCGCUUCCCCACGCUCCUCCCCCUGGGAUCUGUGGCGCCCUUGGGACAACAGGCUGCUCGCAGUGCACAUAUUUAUGUAAACAAUCCGGAGAGCGUAGAAUAUUACAAGCAAGCUUCCACAGCAUGUAGUAAUCGGAUGACUGCCUUGGAUCUUCUAAGCAAGGGCAGGGAUCCCAAUGGCGAACCUUUAUUGCUGCCAACUCCUUCGGCCGCUACAGCACCACCCACCAUAACUCCGCCCACCAUUACAACUACACCCUACUUGCCUCCUGAUCAGUACACGGGGUACAGCUUGACUGUGGGUAUGCCGCUCUACGAGGACUACACUGAAGUAGCAAAUUUACAAACAGAAUAUGACCCAACAUCAGUGGUCAAUGGACACUCGAAUGGAAAACGGCGAAAGCUGGACGAUGACCACAUUCCACAGCAGACAAAGAUAUCUGGUAUCAGUUGGUUUCAGUGUUAACAAUCAUAUAGCAGCAGCGACAUGCGAGAUGGAGCUUUGAAGAAGGCUGGUGCAGCAAAGGUGGCAAACUGUGGUCACUUCCGCCACGAGCCGUAUAUACUACGUAGGCCUAAUAUAGCCUUACCAUCACUGUUCCAUCUUCACAAAUAAGGAGAGAUCUCUAAUGCCAUGGAGUGAAGAAGAUUAUGAAAUAGGGAAGAAGAGAGGGAAAAAAGAGAGCUUCGUUAUAUAUAUAUCUUUUUGCACAUAAAUCCCUAAAAUCUUCCCACGCCCCCAACCCCCCACAAGGUGUCACUUUCCUUAGACAAAGUCUUUGACGACAAGCUUUUGAAGUGAAGUAUCUGCCUAUCUCUUUCUCUCACAUGGAGGAGGAGGAGGAGGAGAAGAGAGAAGAGAGAGAGCCACCAAGGAAAAAAUGAUGGUUGAAAAUUGACUGAGAAAACUAUGUUCCAGCAUUUUUCUUUUUUGUGAGUUCAACCGUUGGACCCUGAAAGGGACACGAGAAGAAAAAGAAGAAGAAGAAGAAGAAGAAGAAGUGGUGUUGUAGUCGAUUAUCCUGUUUUAAUUCUUUCUGUCUACGUACAUUUUUUGUGAUGGAGGUUGUUCCAAAGUGACCACGAUCAUAUAUAGUAUUUAUCUUCAUACUUUUAAUGUUUGUAGUCUCUCACAUGAUUUGUUUUUUAGUGUUGACAGAACAGCGCACGUUAUGGAUUUUGCUUUGUAAUCUGAUAGUCAAGUGUGUAUUAUUUUAAUUUGCUUUGCCCUGGCUGUUGAUGAUGAUGACGACGGUAACUACUGAUUGUUUCUGCUGUGGGGUCCUUCAGAUUUAAGUUUUUAAAAAUAAUUCACAUUCUGGUGAUAACAGAAUGAUAUAAUGGCAAUCUGAAUUCAUUUCCGAUUCAUUUCUCAAUAUUUUCACUGGAAUGCUGCCUUCCACCACCAUCAUGUUGCGACAACAGGGAAGGACCUGCAAAAAUACAUUUCAAUCUCGCGCGCGCGCGCGCCCUCUGUCUUGUGCUGCAUUUUGUGCUGAUGCUGCGAAAUGGAAUUUAUAAUUAUGUAGUGGUAAGUUACAUUCACCCCUCCCCUGAAAUUUUCCGUGUAGUCUACGUAUUUCACUUAGAUGUUUUCGACCACUUCCCAGACAAAGAGGCAUCAAAAUGAACUUCAAAAAGAGUCUUGCAGAAGUCUUUCAAGGUAAUAUACAGGAAGUAUGUGAGAAACAAUGAUGUUUACAAUAGAAAUAAAGGGAGAUUUAGCUAAGCAUGUUAGUGAAUACCAUUAGCUUUAAAAGAUACUUGAAAAAAAUGUUAUCACAGUUAGCAAUCAUUUUAGAUCUUACAAGAAAUGUAGGCUGUAGCGUAGGGUUUAUUAGUCGUAGAUGGAAUAGAGAAACAAAAUAAAAAUAAAAAAACGUUUCUCCUUUCGCAGUUCCUCCAUUUUAGGACUGAGAAACUUUCUUGAGUUUGCUGUGAGGAAACGGAGGAAACUUUUUUUUUUUCUUAGCGUUGCGCUUAGGAGUUUUGAGAAUCUUUGUUUAGCGAGUGGGUAAGAUAAAAAUGUUUUAAAAAGUUUGUUAAGCCAAUGGUAUGUGGAAGAAGGUUAGAGAAAUGAGCACCGUUGUUGGUUUUGCUAAGCAGUGAACAGACAAGACUUGCUAAAAUCUAAUGCCACGUUUGUCUUUCUGAGUUCUGUGUUUCUGUUGUAAAUAUAAUUUGAUGUACACUGUUAAUUACAUGAAGCCUUAAGAGUGUGUCUGUGCACAGACAUGAACAAAACAAGAUACAGUUGCAAGUAUGUGACUUCAGGUUUAUGAAUAUUUGUUACAAUAGUAUGAUAAGACAUUGUGAAGUUCUGAAGUUCGUAUACAUAUGUAUAACUUUUAGGGUUCUGUACGAGAGAGAGAACGAGACGUUGUGCAUGACUUUUCUAGUCAUGGGAUUCGGUGGUGGUGGUGGUGAUUUCGACUCGAAGUUUUUUGUUAAUUUUUUUUCUUUUUUUGCAAGAGCAUGAACUUAAAUAAAACGCGAAACGUUGGCAAACUUGGCUUCAGAGCUUUUGACCACUUAAAAAUAUUUGAUAUAUCAAAUAAUGUAUUUGAAGACAAAGUAAACAUAUCGUAUAUUUUCACUAUGAGAUGUAGAUUAGAGAAGUAGAUGGAUUUGAUACUUUUUAAUGCUGAGCGUUGGCAAAUAUAAAAAAAAAACUAUUAAUGCUUUUCUUCAAGGAGAGGCCAGAAUCAAAUUUACCAGUGCUCACGAAGAAUGACGUUGCUCGCUUUUUAUGGUAGGGCGAAUAAUAUUUCUAAAUUCGCGUAUACCAAAAAAGUCGCUUCAGAACCAAAUGGAAAAUAAUAUAUAUAUUAUUAUAAUAAUAAUAAUAAUUAAGGUUUUAUCGUCAGAUGUUGAAUAAGAUGUGUUUUUAUGUUGCUUCGGUGUUGUGUUUCAUCAUACACCAGUCAUAUCUCUCAUAUGUUUUUUGGUCUUCUUUAUGUAUAAAAAAAAAGAAAAAGGAUACAAAAAAAACCUUCAUAAUAUUCUCUUGGCUACUUCUACUACUCCUACUACCACUUCACGACUCCUCUUGUAUGUUUGUAUAUAAUACAAAUUGAUUUUAACUUUAUUUUUCAAUAUAUUUUAUUAAUGUUGAUGUAUACAAAGAUUUUUAAAAAAAGCUGGGAUAUGGGCCACAAAUGAGAAAUGACGAGGCAUCUUUAGUCAACCCUUUCUCUUUCAUCCCAUUUUCCCCCUCGGUGGAGAUAUGUUCUCAAGUAGCUAUUUCGAUGCAGGAAGAAGGAGGAGGAGGAGGAAGAUAUUGAUGAUAAAAGCCAUUUACAAUAUUGAAUCAAAAAGGUCAGUAUAUGAUGCAGCCUUAGCCGUAGAUUUCAUCGUUUAUUGAAUAGUAAUAACUAUACUUACUAUUACAGACAGUCCCCGGGUUACGACGGGGGUUCCGUUCUUGAGAUGCGUCGUAAGCCGAAAAUCGUCGUGAGCCGGAACAUCGUCAAAAAUCCUAAGAAAACCUUCUUUUAAUGCGUUGGGUGCAUUCAAAACUAUGUAAACUGCAUUCUUAUUGCAUUUUUCAUAAAAAAAAUUCAAAUAUUGAUUAUUUUGCAUUUUUGGUGUCGUAUUUCUUCUGCCAGAUCAGCGUUGUAGGCAUCGUAACCCUGGAAAUAAUUUCCGAUUAAUAUAAUUCAAAAGCGCCUUAACCUCGGAACAUCAAAAGCCGAACCGGUCGUAACCCGGGGACUGCCUGUACUACUCCUCUACCACUACUACUACUACUACUACCAAUCCUUCCGCUGUCGUUACUCCUAUUAUUAUCGCUACUACCUUGACUGUUAUUGAUCAUUAUUAUGAGUAAUUAUUAUUAUUACUGUUAUGAAUAUUGUCUCUAUAGAUGAGCAGAGAACUUUUUUUUUUUUUUUUACUUUACUGUACAGCUGGAAAGAUAAUCUUGUAUGAACACACGAGUACUACAUCUUUAUUUAAGACCGACUGCAUUUUUUAAUAUUCAGUCGACUCUAAAAUCAGAACAAUCAAAUCAUUCAAAAAAACAAAAAUAAAAAUACCAUUUACUAUUUUUAUACUACGAUGAUCAUACCAAAAAAACCAGGGGCUAUAUAUAUAUAUAAUAUAUCUUUUUAAGAUAAAAUACUACUACCUUUUAAAUGAAUUUCCAUAAACCUUCAUUCAUUACAGGUAUUACUAUAUUAUUAAUAAUAUAAUUAGUAGCUGGGCUGAUGAGACCCAAUAUCAAAACGCGUUUUUGAAUUGCCAACUUUUGGAGAUUUUCCUCAGGAAAGAUUAUCAUUCAUUUUUAUAUAAAGGACGUUUUGCAAUCAAGUGUGGCUGUCACAAGGAAGGGGUUUGUUUUUCCCAACAAACAGCCACCUGCCCCACCCACCCCCCUCCCCCCAAAAAAUCAUCAAGCGGUUGACGACAUUACAGGUGAUAAGUUCAUAUCAAAAGAAAGCGACAAUGACUGAAGAUGAAAUCAUAAGAUAAUAUACUGCUACACUAUCACUUUUAUAUAUAUAUAUAUUUAAAAAAACAUGUUUUUGUUAAGAUUCAAAUAUAACUUAUAUACUUUUUACUGCACAAUGUGAGUGUGUAUUUUCGCACUUUUAUUUAUGAAUAAUAAACUACCAAAAAAAAUGAAUAGCUGUUCAAUCAAUGUUGUUUUACAUUCCAAGAAACUUAUUAUAUAUGGUGAGUAUUGUCAUGUUUGUGUUCCAUAUGAGAUGUACUUGAAAAUAAUUAUACGAAGUUGACCCUUGGUUUUCCUCUGAGAAUGGAGAAAUAUAUUAUAUAUCUGAAAUACACAACACGUACAUACAAUAUAUAUAUAUAUAUAUAUAUAUAUAUAUAUAUAUAUAUAUAUAUAUAUAUAUAUAUUACACACAAACACACACAAAUAUCACAACACCUGGAUCAGUUUCAUAGAUAUAGAUUAGUUUUUCUUUCUGUUUGUACAACCACCGAGAAGCUGCUGAUAGGGGUAAGUUUAUAAACGAGUUUUUUAGUCCGUGCUAAACAGAAUAAUAAUAAUAUAAUAAUAGACAUUAGGCAGAAAAAAAUAAAAAUAAAAAACUUUUCGACUCACGUAGAUAGUGGUGCUUAAGUUAUGAAACGUAUUCUGCACUACGGUUUAAAAAUAAAAAAACAAAAAAAAACAAAAAUUGGUUCGAAUUUCAUAAAAAUUUUUUGAUAAAAACUUUUUUGAGAAUCGGGUUUUGAAUUUUAUAAGACUUGUUUUUAUUAAGUUUUAAAUGAAUCUGUAAGGACUAAAUUUGUUUUUUUUAAUAGUUGUAACAAUAAGACCUGUUUGUUUAUUGAUAGGAGAAUAUAUCUAUGGAAGAAAUAUUAUUAAUUAAUGUGUAAAUAGUUUUUAUCUGAGCUGCUUUGCACCAUUGACGCCAUUUUGUCUGAAUGGCAAGCAUCAUAUCAUUACAAUAAAUGUUAUUAUAAUAAGCAUAUAUUAUAUAUAUAAAGAUUUAAAAAAAACAAAACAAGGAACCUUAAGUGCAUUCUUUCUCAACUUUUAAACCUUUUAAAACAAAAUAAUAUUGUCAUGUCAUCAUCCUAUAAGAUAUUUUUUAACAAAUAAAAAAAAUAACUCUAUAUGACCUCAUCUGUCAUUUCCUCAUGUCUCACUCGCGUCACUCAUGUCCUCUUGAAUCAUUUGUCAUUUCUCUAUGCCUGUGUCUUGUCUUUUCGUAUUUCUUCGGUCUGUUUUUCGUCUUUCAUUAUUUCUACGUUCUUCUUUCUUGGUAUUGGGUUCACAUGAACGUACGAACGUGUGCAUAUAUACAAGGUAUUUCAUACAUUGAGUAUAAAUAUGUGUAUAUAUGCACAGACACUGAUGUAUAUUAACGGCAAACUCUUGCGAGUUAUACUGAAAUAGACACUACCCUAUAUACGAUUACAAUACGUACGGUAUUUCAUAUAGAGUACGGUACAUUAUUAAAUCGAACCAUAUAUAAAAUUUUAUGUAAAUUGUUACCGGAACAUUUAAUUCACAGUAACAAAGGGAAGUGUUCCAAACACCAUUUCGUAAUUGACGACCACUUUGAUUCGUACCUCUGAAAGUUCGCAAGUAGGGGAGUAGCGUCUAUACUAUAUAUAUAUAUAUAUACAUCAAGCGCGUGUAUCAAUACGACGUGUGUAUUCCUGCCAUUCACACUUCAAUUCCUUCCUUUUUCGCACUGAAAAAAAAUUUCAAAUUUCAAUCCAAAGUCUUCUUCAUCAAGCUUUUAACGGAUCGGAUGAACUGAUAUCUGUCACUAUGGUUUGUUUACAAAAAAUUUUUUAAUAAUCCAUUUAUAAUUAUACAGAUUCAGUCUGGUAUUAGUCUAUGAUGCAUCUGCAUGUAUGAUGAUGAUGAUGAUGUUGUUCAAUACAUACACACACACAUACAUGCGUAUGCAUUACCCAAGUCUAGGAAACCAAAAUGUAGCAUUCUGCAUUAUUGAUCCACCGUGUAUUUGCUUCCAUGUUCCCUUAGUCUUGUUCUAAAAAAAAACUGCUUGUACAUAAUUUGUAAAACGCCCAAAUAGCUGAGAGAGAGAGAGAGAGAGAGAGGUGAUGCAGAAUGCUGGAUGAAUUAUGAAAAAAACAAAAAAACAAAACAGGCCUUUUUAUGCUUCUUAUAAAAAUUUUCAUUAAAAUCAAAUUAAUCCAAUGCUUAUAUCCUGUGCUCCCUUUACUGAAUGUAAUAAUGUUAAACCCUUUUAAUCUUAUUAAUAGAGAGUAGUACGUUGUGUAUUUUAAAGGUACUUUAAAAUCAUCCUAAAAAAAAAAACAAUUUUAUUCGUUGUAUACUUAAAGGUGACGUCAUCGGGGCCUGGAGUAGAUGCGCAUGCGCUGUAGUAAGUCAUGUUGCAGUUCACACUUUUUUGCGAUAACUCAAAGCCUUAUAGCAAUACUGCAUAGCGGUCACUUUGCCCCGAUGGCGUCACUCUUUCUGCUCUCACAUAAUGUUUACUCAAAUUUGCUUUUCUUUUUUUUUUCUUUUUUUUACUCCUGUUUGAUUCAUAGAAUAUAUAUAUAUAUCUAUUGCGACUGUAUAUCAAAGUGUUUCAAUAAACUCUUUCAGUGUAA